AUGGUGAAUACAGUCGUGUCAUCGGAGGAGCAAAAUACUCCAAAUCGAGAGCAAAUUCACAAGUUUACUGACAUUCAUCCCAGAAAUCCUCUAUACCUUCAUCCGUCUGAUACUCCAGAUAGCAUUUUAGUCUCUCAACAGCUUACUGGUAUUGAAAACUAUACUGGUUGGAGUAAUUCUAUGAAAGUAGCACUUUUAGCAAAAACUAAAAUUGGAUUCAUUGAUGGAAAGUGUUGCAAGGCUGAUUACAAAGGAGAUCUAGAACAUGAGUGGGAGAGGUGUAAUGCUUUUGUAUUAUCGUGGAUUACCAAUUCAGUUUCGAAAGAACUGGUAAAUGGAUUGAUGUUUUCAUCCAACGCACAUAGUGUCUGGAAGGAUCUAAAGGAAAAAUUUGAUAAAAGUAAUUUGACUAGAAUAUAUCAACUGCAUCGUGAAAUCAGCACCAUGAGUCAAGGUACCUUUACUGUUUCUGAAUAUUAUUCUAGAUUAAGAAACCUUUGGGACGAAUAUGUGUCACUAGUUCUUUUACCAGCAUGUGAAUGUGACAAAUAUAGAGUUUAUGCAGAACAUAUGGAUAGACAAAAACUUAUGCAGUUUUUAAUGGGACUUAGUGAUAGCUUCGCUCAGCCGAGAAGCCAGAUUCUUAUGACUAUUCCUAGUCCAAGCUUGAAUCAAGCUUACAAUAUGAUAAUGCAAGAUGAGAGCCAAAAAAUGCAGUCUAGCAUGAUAUCUAACUAUGUGUUGCCUUUGAAAAAAUUGGAUGUUCAUGAUCCUACUGUUUUAGCUUCAGUACAAAGCAACAAAUUCCAACCAGACACAGGAGGAUUAUACUGUGAUCACUGUCAUCUAAGAAACUAUACAAGAGCUAAUUGUUAUAGGUUGAUUGGCUAUCCACAAAAUUACAAGUUCCAAAGGAAGAAAGGUGUUGAUGAUAGGGGCUACAGGGGACAGAACUAUGCUAAUAAUAGGGUACAAAAUUCUGAGGGUAAUAGAAGAGCUCAGGUCAAUAAGGUGAAUUGUGUUGAAGGCCUUGACAUGGGAAGAAACCCUGCUGCUAACAUUCCACAUUUUCAGCUUGCACCAUGUUUUACUGUUGAUCAAUACAAUCAUUUGAUGAAAUUAAUUGAUAAAGAAUCUUCAUCACAAGAGCCUGUUGCCAACAUGGCAGGUGAUGAUGCAACUCCUUGGAUUAUGGACACUGGAGUCACUCAUCAUAUGGACCUCUGCAAUGGCAAGGUGAGGGGGAUUGGUAAGGAAGCAGAAGGUCUCUACAUACUUCCAUCCACCAAGAAACCAUCACCUGCCACUAUUCUCCAACAUUCUUCUGCAUUACAUGCAUCAUCUUCUUUACCAGAUGUAGCUUCCAUCUGGCAUCAGAGACUUGGUCAUGCUCCUAAUAUUGUACUGCAGAAGAUUGCAUCUCUGAAGCCUCAUAUGCAAAGUUCAGUUUUUCCUUCUUGUCCUAUAUGUCCUCUUGCGAGACAAACUAGACUCUUUUUUCCCUCUAGUAAUAAGAAAACUGUAUCCCAUUUUGAACUACUUCACAUGGAUGUUUGGGGACUUUUUAAGCAAUGCACUUAUAAUGGUCAUAGAUUUUUCCUUACUAUUGUUAAUGACUUGGAUUUUCCUGUUACGAUUCAAAAGUGA